AUUUGUAAAAUUUAAAAACUUCGUUUGAAAGUCGUUAAAUGUUGUUGAGAUCGUUAGGCUUGUUAUAACUUAUAGUUUGGAUAUUAAGAAUUAAAUGUAGGAAUAAGAUAACUCGUGACGGAAAGUUGUGAAUUAUAUGCAAAUAAUAAACCCAGAAAGAGUAUUGUUAGACACGCGGCGCUAACCGCUGUUCUCGAUAAUCGCUAUUAAGAAAUCAAGCAAAAUUCCGCCAUAUAAAAUGGAUGAUUUCCUUAAAAUAGAAAAAAUAGGUGAAGGAACCUAUGGCGUGGUUUAUAAGGGCAAAAACAAAAUAACAGGCCAAUUCGUGGCAAUGAAGAAAAUAAGGUUGGAAUCCGAGGAAGAAGGCAUUCCGUCAACAGCCAUACGGGAAAUAUCACUUCUUAAAGAACUAAAUCAUCCCAAUAUCGUCAAAUUAGAAGACGUUUUAAUGGAGGAAGCUCGUCUGUAUUUGAUCUUUGAGUUUUUAUCCAUGGAUUUGAAGAAAUAUAUGGAUUCCCUUGGCUCUGGCAAGUUUAUGGAGCCGGAGAUUGUCAAGAGCUACCUUUACCAGAUCAACAAUGCUAUACUAUACUGCCAUCAACGUAGAAUCCUUCACAGAGAUCUCAAACCCCAGAACCUACUCAUUGACAAGACCGGAAUUAUAAAGGUUGCUGACUUUGGUUUGGGUAGAGCAUUUGGUGUUCCGGUGCGUGUUUACACACACGAAGUGGUCACACUCUGGUACAGGGCUCCUGAAGUGCUGCUCGGCAGCCAGCGAUAUUCUUGUCCGAUAGACAUGUGGUCGGUAGGAUGUAUAUUUUCAGAGAUGUCAUCCAAGAAACCACUGUUUCAAGGGGAUUCUGAAAUUGAUCAGCUGUUUAGAAUUUUUAGGAUGUUGAGGACACCUACCGAGGAGAUCUGGCCGGGUGUGUCAUCUCUACCAGACUACAAACCAACAUUCCCCAAUUGGACAAGUUUCAAUCUUCAUAACCAUGUUCAGAACCUGGAUGAGGCCGGUAUGGAUCUGCUUCAGAAGAUGUUAGUGUAUGAUCCCAUUCGUCGGAUCUCAGCCAAGGAAGCCCGUAGACAUCGCUACUUCAGAGACCUCAAACUGCCCCCCGGCCUCACUUCACACUCACCAUACAUCAGAUGUUCCGAUACAGAUAGCGACAGAGUACCAAGCGUUUAACAUGACUGUUGUAUGCGUGUUCGUAACUCGGAAACUUGAACUUGUACACUCCACCACUUAAUGUGAAAGACAUGACUUUAAAUAUCAUCAAAACAUUUGCAUUAUCUCAUCUUUAUUGACAUUAGAUAUUAUUUGUAACAUUUUCAAAGAACAAUGAAUGUAAAUUGGACCAGUCGGUUACAAUAGUGCGAAUAAAUUAAUAAUAGCACUACAAUGAUACGAAAAAUAUGUUAGAGAAAGUUUAAAUUUUAAAUAAUACCAGCGAGCGGUGAAUACAGACUUGAAUGUUAUAUUUACUUUAGAUUUUAACCACUUCACUACAACCAUGAAUGUUUUGUCAAAAAAGUUUUUUAGAUCUUCAUUUCAUAAAUAUGUCUGUGUGAUGUUUGGUUCAUCGGAUCUUAGUAUUUGAAUUUAGAAUCUGUCAUGAAUUAAUUUUGUAAUUAUCAUUAAAUACUUUUUGGUUUUGUAUUUAAUAAAAAAAAAAGUUUCAAUUCAACAGUUAAGUGUAUAUCUACAAUUGACGAUAUUUUGAUGAUAACUAAUAGCAAUGAAUUUAUCAGCUUAUUUUGAACACUUGAAGUUCUCAUAGAAAAUUCCUUAUCGUAGACACCAUAGCUUUUUAUUAAAACCUGACUUGUUGGUUCGGUUAUCAUUAAAGAGACAUGCAAAGUAAAUUAACUUGAUAGAGCUCACAGUAUUUUAUUUGUUAUAUACAUAAUAGUGUACUUAAAGUGAUUGUUUCAUAGCAUUUGUUGCAGCAUAUAUUAAUUCCUAUUUACACCAUGAAUUCUUAAAUCGGAAUUUAAAUUGAAUUUUGUAAUUCUGUUGCUGUAUAAUAUAUGAUAUCGCUAACUCUAGUUGUAUACAAUAAAAGAAGUAUGGAAAGUUGUUUCAUAGAAGUUAUGGUACUUGUAUAAGAUUGUUUCUAACGAUAUGAGUGAAUCUCACAAACGUAUUUUAGAGAAAAUCUUAUAAACGGAAGAGAGUAAUAUAUUGAUGUCUGAUCAUUGGAUGAACUAGAGCACUGCUAUGUUCAUCAUCAGCGGUGUACGGCCUAGGUUAUGGUUUGUAGGUUUUAACAUACUAAUAUUUCACUACCACUCUGCCUGUCUUCAUCCAAUUCUGCUUUUCCUCUGAAUUCUUGUAUGUGACCAACUGAUGUGUCUGCUAUGUUAAUUAUAUAUUAAAGUUAUUUAAUUUUCUUAAUUAUUUAGUGAAGAAGCAACGUUUGUCUUGUACGGACAAAAUAAUUCCGUGUGGUUUUGUAAUGGACAGUCUUUAGUGACAGAUUAAGAUAUUGACGUAGCAUUAAGUUAAGCUAAAUGUUCUAAGUAUUUUUUGUGUAUCCUAAUGUCUCUUGGUCGUAUCUCAUUUUUCAUAUAUACAUAUAUUAUGGUCACAUUCUCACAAUAGGUUACCACAAGGAAUCGCUGUAGAGUAAACAUUUCAAUUUCCUGUACCACUUAAGAUAUCAAAUAAAUAUUAUUUCAAUACAUACCAA